AUGACAUCCUUCCUUGCGUACGCAACCCGUACUGGACUCGAUGUGGCAUCAACAGUCUACGUCGGAACCCACUACGAGUACACAGUCUCCUCGGCACUCGCCCAAUACGGCAUCCACGCUAUUCGUGUAGGCGGAGCAUCCGACCAGGGCAUCGACCUCCUCGGCACUUGGAGUCUUCCCUCCCGGGCCGAGAAUCUGAAGGUCAUCAUUCAGUGUAAAGGAGGUGCCCAACGCGUCGGCCCUUCGAUAGUUAGGGAAUUGGAAGGUUCCUUCAUCGGCGCCCCGGUGGGUUGGCGUGGCGAAGGAGUCAUUGCCUUUCUGGUCAGCGAGAAGCCAGCAAGCAAGGGCGUGCGAGAGUCUCUGGGACGGAGCCGCUGGCCCAUGGGAUUCAUCUCGUGCUCCAGGGAGGGGUCAGUGCAGCAGAUGCUCUGGAAUCAACGGGCUGACGAGGAGGGUCUGCGAGGUAUUGGGGUGACGAUGCGCCAUACCGAGAACGGAGAGGGCGAGUCGCAGAUUGUCUUGACACACAACGGAAAGCGAAUCCCCCAAGCUUCCAAAGCAAAAGUUUCCGAGGGUGACUGA